AUGGAGAUCACCGCCUCCGUCUCGCCUGCUCGAUCUAGACGGUCUCUUGGGAAGAAAGCGUCGGGGAGUCGGCAGAGUGGGAUUCGGACUCUGAGAGAUGUCAAAGAUGAUCGAGAUUCGGGGUCUGGUUCUGAAUCGGAUGAGCCGCAGGAGUAUUAUGCUGGUGGUCAGAAGAGUGGUAUGCUUGUCCAAGAUCCUACUAGAGGUGGCCAUACUGUGGAUGAUAUUUUUGAUCAGGCUAGACAAAUUGCUUUCCGGAGAGGAGGAAUGGGUUUUCUGUCGAUGAUGGGUCCUUUGAGGAGGUUGGAAGACCCGCAAAAUGCAUCAUUCCUUGAGAGCAUAAAGAAGUCUGAAUGUCCCAAAGAGCUUGAACCAGCUGAUCGGCAAACUGCUGUCCGUCUCAACCUCACAAGGCGUAAUGAAAACUACCCGGAACCGGUGAAGCCAAGGAAUACUGCUUUCGGGGGGUUGGGAGAACUUUAG